GUCGGAGUCGUGGGAUAAUGCGUUCGAUACUGUUUCUCCACUCUUUUCUUAGGGGCCACCACUACAACACGAAGUCUGGCACAACUUACUACGCUAGAAGUAAGUAGACAGCAAAAAACACCACAAGCUGCAAGAUGGGUAAAAAAUCGAAGAAGGCAAAGGAGAAGGUAGAGGAGGCUGCCAAGUACGACCACCCAGUAAUAACGCCAUCAAGAAUAGAUAUGGAAGCGUCAGGUUUGACAUCGACAAAGUUGAAAUGAUUUGUCAUGCAUAAAAUGCCAGGGAUGAAGUGCCUGUCUUGCCGGAAUGGCAAGUGAGGCCGAUUGUGAGCCUGUGUAGGGCUUGAACUAGAGCUGCUAAAGUAGCAUGACAAAAGCAGUCUUCUGUGCCCAAACAGCAUGACAAAUUGGAUUCCGGUGCUCGGAAAAUUUGUCAUGCGCCGCUUGAUAACUGGGCCUCCUACUAACUGGUAUCGGUUUUAUGCAUGACAAACUAUUUCAACAGUCUGCCGAUCUCAAUCCUGACACACCCAUAAUAGACAACCGGGAAGUCCAAGCAACGAUAAAACUCGUAUUUGUUGUUGUGUUUGAUCCACCUCUCAUGCGUACUAAUUUGUUUCUCCUCUAUGCAGAGCAAACUCGUAGUUGUCAUGCUAUCCCUGAAUUGAUUUGGGAAAUAACCCCGAUCUGCUUCUGCCUCUUCUUGACGAUCAUAUCACGGUGGAAAAACACAUCCUAUCAGGCCGCCCCAGUUUGCACGCUGCUGGAGUUUACAAUAAAGGUGAAGCCAACAACGAAAAUAAGUUACAUCGAGGACUUAAUUAUCCACAGACACGGUGGGUCAAUCGACAAGCUGUCGAUUUGUGUGAAUCGAUUUCAUCCAGAAGGUAGUACAGUGGUAUAUGUUGUGCCUCGGUCCCUCCCUUGUUGCUUUUUAUGCAUGAAAACCAUUUUGCAAUGGUAUUGGUAAAAAUGGUUCUUGUGAUGCAAAAUCCCCAACAUGACACAAAAACCAGAAAUCGUCUCGGCAGACGCAAGUCUCGAGGAAUGCGGCGUAACGGGGGGUGAGUGCAUAUGAAUUGCAAAACUGUCGUACUCGUACUCGUAUAAAUGCAUAAGCAUAUACAAGUUUCCUCAGCAUGAGAAAUUAAAUUUGUAUUGCGGAUUUACCUUAGGAAAAUAAAGAUUUGGGAUGCAUAAUUGCGAUUGCUACGAGUACGAUACUUUUGCACAGGAUAGUGCAUCAUCUACUACGAUUUUGUACCGGUUUCGGGAGCGCUGCUGAGAUAAGGGUGGUUGUCGUGAAAAGACGUCUCGAAAACAAAAACAAUCAGACACUAGAUUAGCUAGCAGUUACUAUACGUGAUCAUGUGAUCAAACUCAAACAACUCGAAGAUAUAUUCAAAGUCAAACUCAAAGUCCCAGAAUAUUACAUAAAAAGUCACACUGUAUUCCUUCCCACUCAUCGUGCUCUGCAAGAACUCCGCAGCUCGUGCUUGUUUUUGAAUACGCUUGUUACUACGCAGAAAGCACCACUUUUUGCAAAAAUCGAUCGAACACCCUUGUACCUGAACUUGAAAAAGAAAUACGACCGAGGCGGAUGUAAGAGUAGUCCCUAUGUUGCUAUCCUGGAGCCGCGGACUUUUGUUAGGGGUACUGGCGCAUAAGUCAGCUCGUUGAAGUUGCAGCUCGCAAUUAUCGUGCGUGCUUUUCUCGGGAUCGACGUACAACAAUCGCCCUGGAAAAAGACGUAAAGGAAGAGCAGAAGAUGAGUGAGAGCAAGACCGCUGCUUGAAUUAUGAUUCAUCGCGCUCGCAAGUGUUGUAUCGUAUUGACUGAUAGAGGUACUC